UUGAUUCUCUAUUUACAACGAUGGUAUAAAGAUCUAGAGGAUGAUGAUCUAGCAUCCCAGAAAAUAAUAAGGGCACAAAUUCUUCCAAAACUUCAACCUCAUAGCAAUGAAUGUGCCUGCUAAAAGCAACUGUAUUUACUUUCUUGCAAGAAAACAUAACAUCCAUGUUUGGCAUAAAAAAAACAUUAUGUAUAAAAAGAAACACAGGAAAAAUUAAUUGCUGAUAGACUAUGAUCAUAUUCUUUUUAUACUUGUAUCCAUUGACUUUCACCCAAUUCAACCUAGAAUGUGAAUAUAGUUUUCACUUUUCAGUCCAGUUUUAAAUAAUUUUUACCAUAUAUAAGAACAAACUUGAAGGCUUGGAUUUGACAGCUAAGGUGCCAGGAAGCAGCCGAAGGGGAAUAAUAAAUUGGGAACCUCCUGCUGUUGAUGGUGAGGACCUACAUUCUAACAAAGCCCAUGUUCAAUGGAUGCAGAAGGAGUACCGAAAAAAGCACCCAAACAUGGAAGUCGUUAAGCAGAAAAUGCAACUGACUUUCUCCUUCAGAAGAAAGUACAUAAAUGCUGGGAAGUGUUCCCUUAAUGAAAUUGAUGCAAAAUACCCUUUUUUAUUUGAACAUGAUCAGUUGCAAGAUGAGUAUGAAAGAUUGGUGUCUGGCAGUAGUGUUAAAGAUUUGGUUGUUACAAACUUACGUGAGCUUGCACCUAAGAUUUUGAAAGCUGCCAGCAAGAAGAAACUCCCUCAAGUUGAAGAACUGGUUCAAGCUUGCGUACAAAAUGAGGAUGAACUGGAUGAGGAGAACAGAUUGACAGAUGAUGAGAAAGUUGUUGUGGCACUUUGUACCUUGCCACACCUUUUGGAAAGGAAAACAAAAAGUAAUCCACAUCCAGAAAAUUUCCUUUAUCAGACAGCAGAAAACCCAGAGGUAUUGUUAAAGAAAGCUGCCAGCCCCAUCAGCCCAUUCAUCAUCUUUGUGGAGGACAGUGAUGGUCACAUAAUGAACAAAAUGUUUGUUGCAGGGGAAAAACAAGUUUGUUUGGAAACAGAUAACAUUUUUUCAGCAGUAUCGUCCCUUUUGUUUUUGUAUUAUGUUUGUAAUUUAGAGUACCCGAAACAGUGUUUUAACACGUUCCUUUUUUUACAACGUACUGUUCUAAAUAUUUUUGACCGGGUAAGAGUGCCAACCAAAGUUUUAUUAUUCUUAAAUGAACUGGAACAGUGAAAUAUUAGGCAUAAGUGCAUGUUAUAUAGCUGGUUUGUAAAUUUGUUAUGUACAGUAUAAUAUAAUGUAAUAUAUUCUGUCAUAUAGAAAUAAAUAUGUUUUUACCUUACCACUGCACUAGAAUUAAUUAAUUUCGUGGCACCGGGCCAUUGUUUAGAAGAGCAUUUUUAUUCUUUUGGUGUACUUAUACACCAGAUCGGUGUCUAUAUUACUGAAAGCAUAUUUACACUAAAUAGGCGUAGAAAACCCUUUGGAAGGGUAAGUUUACCCUCGCGGUGUAUUUAUACACCAGAUCGGUGUCCAUAUUACUGCAAGCACGUAUACACUAAAUAGGCGUAGAAAAACCUUUGGAGGGGUAAGUUUACCCUCGCGGUGUAUUUAUACACUAGGUCGGUGUCCAUAUUGCUGCAAGCACGUUUACACUAAAUAGGCGUAGAAAAACCUUGGGAGGGGUAAGUUUACUCUCGCGGUGUAUUUAUACACGAAGUUGGUGUUCAUAUUGCUGCAAGCGUUUUUACGCAAAAUAGGUGUAGGAAAACCUAUAGAGGUGUUAGUUUACGUUAAUGGUGUAUAUUUACGUCGCCAUAGUGUACACAUAGCUGCAUAAACUUUACCCAUGAAUAGUGUAAAUUAACCCAAAAUAUAGCGUAAAUAAACACCAUAUUAGUGUUCAUAUUGCUGCAAGAUUUUACACCGAUUUCGGUGUUGUGCCAACACUCCGAGAUUUAC